AUGUCUUCAGUACGAGCACUCACCAGUUACGUAUUCCUCGUCACCGUAUAUGCUGCGUCCGGAGUGGGCGAACGGGACGAAAUGUCGUCAAACUUAUAUGACAAAAUCAUAAAUAAGGAGGGCUCCAGGCCCUACAAAUGUUGCGAAUAUACAAGUAAAGUCUCUGUUAAUCUUAAUCUCUUCAGGAGAGAUGGAAGAUUUUGUGACGUAGAUCUUAUAUCAGGGAAAACAAAAGUUAGGGCUCACAGAGUGGUAUUGGCUGCUAGUUGUGAAUAUUUUGAUGCUAUGUUUAAUGUGGGCUUAGAAGAGAGUCAAAAAGGUAGAGUGGUGUUACCUAGUGUCCCUCCUGGUAUUCUACCUAUGAUAAUUGACUUUAUAUAUACAGGUGAAAUUUUAAUUGACAAAGCUACAGUUCAGCACUUAAUGAUAGCAGCUGACAUGUUUCAACUCAGAGAGCUUGUAAUAGGUUGUGGGGAAUUUUUAAAGAGAGAACUACACCCAUCUAACGCUCUGGGUAUAUUUAGGUUUGCUGAAACCCACAACUGUACAGAAUUGGCUGAGGAGGCACUAGCACAUGCUCAAGCUAAUUGGAAUCUAGUGGCAAAUGGAGAUGAAUUGUUAGAGCUACCUUUACAACAGCUCAUAACAUUACUAUCAUCAGAACAACUAAAAGUGGAUAAUGAAGCCCAAGUGCUGUAUCCUGCACUAAAAUGGCUUGAACAUGAUCCUACAAACAGAAGGCGGCACUGUUUUGAAGUUUUAAGUCAUGUGCGAUUACCGCUUAUUUCCCCUCAAGUUUUAGAUGAUGCAAUAAAAACUGUCCAAGAUCCUUCAAUAGCUGUUGCAUUAAAAACCGUACGAGUUGAUAUGAAAUCUGGUCGAGGUGCGCUAGUGUGCCUGUCCGCCGAGCCGCGCGAGCGCGCGCGGCGCAUGCUGGUGGUGGCGGGCGGCUCGUGCCACGACGCGGCGCCGCACCCGCCACACGCCGCCGACAACAUACUCACAUCUGUACUCAAGUUCGAUUUGCACAAGAGGGAAUGGGAAGAAUUAUCGCCGAUGGGCAUAGCAAGAAUUCAACCGGGCGUCGCGACUUUAGGCGGGCGCGUGUAUGCGGUGGGAGGAGAACAAGGCAGCCAAAUAUUAGCUAAUGGCGAGGUUUAUGAUCCACAGACAGAUAAAUGGUCAAACAUAGCGCCAAUGAAGGAAGCGCGCUGCGAGUUUGGUCUGACCGCGUGGAACGGGCACCUGUACGCGUUCGGCGGCUGGGUGGGCUCCGACAUGGGCGCCUCCGUCGAGGUGUACGACCCCGUCUCCGACGAGUGGACGCUCACCGGCAGGAUGCCCGAGCCGAGGUUCGGUAUGGGCGUCGUUAACUUUGAAGGUCUGAUUUACGUGGUGGGCGGGUGCACGCACGCGUGGCGCCACACGCACGACCUGCUGUGCUACGCGCCGGCGUCGCGCAAGUGGCGCUCGCUGGCGCCCAUGAAGCGCGCGCGCAGCCAGGCCGCCGCCGUCGUGCUCGGCCACCACCUCUACGUCAUAGGCGGCAACGCGCCCCGCCGCACCGUGCUUGACUCCGUGGAGCGGUAUAACUUUGAUGAUGAUUCGUGGGAGGACGUGGCGAGCCUGCAGGAGGCGCGCGCGGGCUGCGCGGCGGGCGCGGCGGACGGCGUGCUGCUGGUGGCGGGCGGCGACAGCGAGAGCGCGGGCGAGCGCGCCUUCUACCGCGCGCGCACCACGCUCGUCUCUGUCGAGCUGUACGAGCCCGCGCGCGACGCCUGGCGCGCCGCGCCGCCGCUGCCGCACUCGCGCGCCGAGGCCGGCGCCGCGCUGCUC